AUGGCCGACGCAGACGCAAACGCAGCUGCAACUGCUCUCACCACUACUGCUGCUACAACUCUUGCCGCUGUGAGCGUGAAACUUCCUCCUUUUUGGCCUACCAACCCAGAAGUAUGGUUUGCACAGGUGGAAGCACAAUUUACCACCCGGAACAUUACAGCUCAACGGACUAAAUUCGACUAUGUCAUCACGUCUUUGAGCCCGGAGUUCGCAAUGGAGGUGAGAGACCUUCUUCUGAAGCCGCCUACUGAGAAUCCUUACGACAUUCUCAAGGCCGAACUCAUCAAACGUACUACUGCGUCAGAGCAACGGAAACUCCAGCAGCUAAUCAGCGGGGAAGAGCUCGGCGAUUGCAAACCUACGCAGCUACUCCGCCGCAUGCAACAGCUGCUAGGUGACAAGCUCGGAUCGUCGGCUGACACUGCCGGCUCCUUCCUUCGUGAGCUCUUUCUCCAACGGCUCCCCGCCAACGUCAGAGUUGUUCUUGCGUCUGCAGACACUACAAUGGACAUCAACAAACUCGCAGACAUGGCAGACAAAAUUAUGGAGGUAGCUCCGCCCACUGUCUCAGCCCUGUCUAGCACCUGUUCUGAUCAUGAUUCGGCAUCUGAAGUCAAACAACUCCGCGAGGAGGUAACGCGUCUAGCUGACCUGGUCGCCUCUCUCACUGCACGAUCCCGUCAACGGAAUCCUUCUAGAGCCGGCCGUUCUCGCAGUCCAGCUCUCACACACUCUCGUACUUGUGACGCGCUCUGUUGGUAUCAUGCCAAAUUUGGUAAAGCUGCCAAGAAGUGUAAGGAUCCUUGCAGUUGGGGAAACUCCACAGCCAGCCGCUAA